GUGAUGUAUAUCACUUGAUAUUACCCGAAAGGGAUCUUUAUAUGAUUUUGAAGACUGCAUCCAUAUUGAAGCAUCCGACCACGCAUUUAUCCCAAAGCAAACAGAAAAAGAAAGUCAGCAAGAAAAGGCUUUGUUUAUAGUUUGGACCCAAACUCCCGACGGUUCCGAAUCUCCGGCCAUUGGAUACGAAUGUGGUAGGUACAUACGAAUACAAUACGAGUCAAGUUAUUCAACUACAUCGUCAACUCACGACCCCUUCAUCACAUCAAUCAUCCUCUCUCUCAUAGGUUACGGCUGCGGUGGCUUUGAUCUUCACAUAUUGUAUAUCUUCAUAUCUUCAUACCAUUAUGGAAUCAACUCCUCAACCUCCGGGUCCAACUAUACCAACACCUCCAGCCCAACCAAUUCAUCAAAAGAUAACUCGUGGUCAUUCUUGUAUUCUCUGUCAACAGAGAAAAGUACGAUGCGACCGGCAAAAACCUCAAUGUUCAAAUUGCGUCAAAGCACAUGCUGAAUGUAUUCCAAGCACACCUGCUGCUCCACGUCGAAGGAGACGGAAGCUUAGCGAAUUAGACGUUGCAGCAAGAUUAAGGAAAUAUGAACAUUUGUUGAGAGUUAAUGGAAUUCGAAUCGACGACGAUGGUGUUACUGGUGGUGUUGGAAGUGCAAAUGCAAGCGGCACUGAAGACGGAAAUGCUGAUGAAUCAAUUUCCAGUCGCCAAGAAAAGACACCCAAUCCUAAUCCACAAAACCUUUCAAUAACCAAUAAAGGUAAAGAUCCAGUAGCUACUACUACAGCAAUCGGGACCGAAAAUGACGAUAAUCACAAUGGUCCACAUAAACAUCGAUGUGAUCAUAGUUCUCAUGAAUUACAUGGGCAUCGUUCUAUGGGCUGUGCUCGUGGUUCGAAAGCUGGAAGAGGUCGAUUGUACUCUAAACAUGGUAACUCUCGUUAUAUAGAAAAUACUGUCUGGGAGAAUCUCAGCAAUGAAUUACAAGACCCAAAAGAAGCAUUCCAAGUCUCAUCGGAAGAAGAUGAUAGCAAUGAUAAUGCUCUCUUUCCUGAGGAAUCAACAAUUCUUCUUGGUAACUUGAUCAGCUCAAAAAGAAAUCUCAGAAGUCUUCAUCCACAACCUGUCACAAUCUUUAGGUUAUGGCAAAUUUUUCUGACCAAUGUAAAUCCAUUGAUCAAACUGUUUCAUGCUCCUACAGUUCAAGAGAUGAUUUUAGAAGCAACAUCAGAUAUGGAUCAUAUUCCGAAACCUACAGAAGCCUUAAUGUUCGUUAUAUACCUCCUCUCCAUCGGCUCACUCAAAGACGAUGAAUGUGAAAGUACAUUCAAUGAACCAAGAUCAAUACUUUUGACGAGAUAUUCUCAUGCCACGCAACAAGCCCUCAUUAAUGUCAAAUACAUUAAAUCUCUCAAUUUGACUGCUUUACAGGCUUAUUGUUUAUUUCUUCUUGCAGCUCGUAAGCAUUAUGAUGCUCAUGCAUUUUGGAUUUUGACAGGUUCUGCCGUUCGAAUUGGUCAAAGAUUGGGUAUUCAUCGUGAUGGAUCGUCUCAUAAUUUAUCUCCUUUCGACACGGAAAUGAGAAGAAGAGUUUGGUGGCAGAUUGUUUUUCUUGAUGGUUUUGCUGCGAAAUUAUGUGGAGCUGGAUUUCCCGCCUGGCUCGCAAAAUUUGAUACAAAGUUACCACUAAAUGUUAGCGAUAGCGAUCUUACCCCCGACAUGAUAGAGCCUCCACCCGAGCGCGCAGGUGCAACUGAAAUGCUUUUCUGUUGUAUUCGAUACGAAGUUUCACAAGCUAUACGAAAAGCUAAUAGCUUUGGCAAUGGGGGACGUGGUAAUGGUCAUGGUCAUGGGGGAGGUGGCCGUGGUGGACAUAGAGGUGGCGGCCAUCACGGUGGUGAUCCUUCGGAUAUUCCUCCUGGUUUCGAUGUCAUUGCCGAAAAGGAUAAGACUAUUGAUGAAUUGGAGGCAAGACUUCAGGAGAAGUAUUUACAGUACUGUGAUCCAUCGAUACCCUUACAUUUAUUAUCGAUUUAUGUUGCGAAAUCUGUCAUUUGUACAAUGAGAUUAAUGGCUCAUCAUCCAAGACAAUACCCUGAUAAAGGUGCAAGUAUGCCACAGAAGGAAAGAGAUAUGCUUUUCAAUGAAUCAUUGAAGAUGCUUGAAUAUGAUGGUCUAGGUCAUUCCGAAAAGCUUGUUCAAAGAUAUCUGUGGCAUAUUCAUGUGCAUUUUCAACUGGACGCAUUUAUUUAUUUGCUCAGCGAGCUUCGACGUAGGGAAAAGGGAGAAUUAGUUGAUAAAGCAUGGCAACAAGUCGAACUUGCAUAUGAGUUUCGCGCAGAAAUGCUUAACGAUACUAAAAGUAGUUUAUACUUUGCCUUGGGUAAUUUGGUACUCAAAGCUUGGGAGAAAAGAGAAGAAGGUAGUCGUUCACCGGAUCAAGUUACCCCGCCAAGAUUUAUAUCAAUCUCAAGAUCUCAAAGACAAAAGCACGACCAAGUCCAAAGAUCUAUAGAGCAACAUGAUGAUAUUUCGGAUCCAUUUAGAACGGUGAAUCACUGGCAAAUGCCAGCUACAGCCGAAUCUUAUGUUAGACAAAAGCCACCUGAUUACAUACCACCACCACAACCAUCACAACCAGGACCUUCAAUGCAGAUGCCAAUGCAAAUGCCUCAAGAACAACCAUGGCUCGCUUCAGAUUCAUUCCUUGAUACUUCAAUGCCUGAUAUCACUCCUAUGGAUUGGGAAUAUUGGCAAACAUUAUUGGAUGGGGAUCUUCCUGCUUAUACUGGUCAACCUGGUAAUAACUAUGAUCAAAAUUGGUAGAGGUACUAUGAUGUGAGAGUAAUCAGGGUUUCGGAUCAUUCAGCGGCUGCAUUUAACCUUUACCUUCUUCAGCCUUCUCGUACAUAUGUCUAAAUCUCGACAAAUCAGCCUGAAAUAUAUGCUACACAAUGCUGACAGCAUUAGUUUACUGCAAUGCAACUUAUCCAAUCUAUCGGUUCGGAUUCUAACAUCUGGAAAAAUUGACCGUAAUGAAUGAUGUAUAUCUGUGUACCCCCUCUUCAAGCGGCUCAAAACACUCACCGUGUGGAUGCCUCGUCAUGAGGCUAUUGACUUCUUCAAAGAAACCGGGCGUAUACAGAAAAGCAUCACGAUUGUUAUAAAACCCUUCGGUAUAUUUUGCAUCUUAAAUAUGAUGGACAUAGAACUCGGAACUGUCUCAAAGCCUGCUUAGUUAAAUUCUAAACACCCCACUACUCACGAUUAUAAUGGCUCCUAUAACCCGAAAGACUCGAAUUGUUCCUCACACGACAAUUUUUCCUCGUGUUUCAAAGAGGAUAACACAGACUAUGACCCGACGAGGUAUAUCUUCUGCCGCUACCAUUCUCCUCGAUUCAGGCGCUGCUUCAAAAUUUAAAGAUCAACUCUCUACCAUCAGAUCAGUUACAAUUCCUGUUGCUGUUAUAAAUCCCAGGUCAACGACGCCACAAGUCAAUGUAGCAGAGACGAUGGAUUUGAGCAGUGGUGCGAUUGUGGGAAUUGUGUUGGGUUCUAUAUUGGGGUUCCUGGUGUUGUUGGUGUUUGGAUAUAAGUGCUGUGUUGAUAGACGAUCUGCGGGCUGGAAUGCGAGGUAUGAUGGAGAUGGGGAUGAAAUUAUAUAUGGGGAUAGGAGAAAUAAUGGAGAAGGACGAGGAAGAAAUUUGAAAAGUGGUGCGAGAGGUGGGGGUAGAGAGGAUUGGGAGAUGAGGUGUGAGUAUGAUGAUGGUGAUGGUGGUGGGAUUAGGAGGAUUGAUAAAGUGGUUGUGGGAAAUGAGAGGAGAGGGAGAGGAAGGAGAUAUAGGAGGAUAAGGAGAGAGAGGGAUUGGAAAACGGAUGAUAAUGAUUGUUAUAAUAGGAGAAACAGCAGUCGUGAAUGGGAAAGAGGAGGGAAUAGAAGAAGAAAAAGAAGGAGGAGGAAUGCAUGGGUAGUAAUUGAGAGAAGAGGAAUUCUAGGUUGGGGCAAACCUGUUAAGAACUCAAGGGAAGAAGUUUACGGAGAGGAAUAGAAAUGAGAGGGGAAUGUGGGGAAUUUGGAA